AUGACGGAUGUGGGAGAGAGACUGGCGAGGAAAGUGGCGGAUUACAGGAACCACCUGCGGUUCAACCUGCGUUGCAGGCAAAAAAGGAUCUUUCCCAAAAGCUUAUGGCUCACCUCCACGGUGAAAGGCCACAAAGCAGAAAGCAUCCUAAAGAGGGCACAGAACCAACUCCUCAAUGAGAGAGUUAGACAGGUUCAUUUUACGAUCGAUGUCCUACGAUCAAAAAUUGAUGCGUUGGAGGAAGGGCUGGAGGCAGUCCUUCCUGGGCAUGUUUGGGAAGCCGUUUCCAAGCACACGGAGACAGCACAGAUGGCGCAGCAUGCUAAGGGCAAAGAAAGGCAAACACGGAAAUUUCAGAACCUUGAGUCCCGGACUGGCGGCAGUCCUUCCCAGGCGGCCACACAGAGCAAAACAGCGGAACUGGACACCUAUGACAAAUGGGUUAAGAAUUUGUCAGACAGAGAGCUCACUCCAGCCGAGCGGGGGGUCCUUGCCAAAGGACUGAACUUUGCAGUCACACCAGAUGAGUUACCGGUGGUGGACUUGGUGACGGCCACAGAAUCGGCCAUUAGGAACAAUAGGUUGUCAGAGACAGAGGCGGAACAGAUCAGGCUUAAGGUGUCGGCAGCACUCUCCAGUGCCAAGUUACCCCCGUCCAACAUUUCCGCACAGGAGAAACGGGCACUGAUAACUCUGCAGAAGGAUCCCAACAUCACAAUCCUACCUGCAGAUAAGGGGAGAUGUACUGUUGUCCUUAACACAGCUGACUAUCACUCAAAGGUCAGCAGCCUCCUAUGUGACUCAGCAACUUAUGAGACCCUAAAACGAGACCCCACCAACACCUACAAACUUAAAGUGGUUAACUGCCUGCAAAAACUGGAGAAAGGUCAGAUCAUCGACCGGGCCCUGUACUACAAACUCUAUCCAGGCGAUGCUAUCCCUUGCAUAUACGGGCUGCCAAAAAUUCACAAAGAGGGCGCCCCUCUGAGACCAAUUGUAAGCAGCAUCAACUCUGUGACAUACAACAUUGCUAAGUAUCUUGCCACCAUCCUUUCCCCAUUGGUGGGGGACACCCCCCACCACAUAAGGAACUCGAUGGACUUUACAAACAAGGUCAGAAAAAUCAGCUUAGACCCUGAGGAAACUAUGGUUUCAUAUGACGUGACUUCGCUUUUUACUUGCAUUCCCACUGGAGAUGCAAUACAGACAGUAAAGAGAAAACUGCUGCUUGACAACUCUCUGUCUGAGAGGACCAACCUCUCCCCCGAACAGGUGUGUGACCUCCUUAACCUUUGCCUCAGCACCACUUAUUUCCAGUACAACAACAGUUUCUACAGGCAAAAACACGGCUGUGCCAUGGGAUCCCCUGUAUCCCCCAUUGUAGCUAACCUGUACAUGGAAGAAAUGGAGAUUGUGGCACUGAGAACAUUCAGUGGCCACUCCCCGAGGCACUGGUUCAGAUAUGUGGAUGACACAUGGGUCACCAUCAGGAAGGGUGAGGUCGAACCUUUCACAGAACACCUCAACUCAGUGGAUAAAAACAUCAAGUUCACAAGAGAGGAUGUCCAAGACAACUGUCUGGCGUUUCUAGAUUGCAUGGUACGCAUUGAAACCAAUGGGGAACUCAACAUUGGGGUCUACAGAAAACCCACUCACACAGACCAGUACCUCCUGUUUGCUUCACACCACCCACUAGAACACAAGUUGGGGGUGAUCCGUACCUUAAAGCACAGAGCACAGAACAUCCCAUCAGAAGCGGAUGGAAAAAGAAGGGAACACAAACAUAUUCACUCUGCUCUUCAAACUUGUGGCUAUCCAAACUGGGCUUUUAUCAAAACAGCAAAAAAGCGCAGGGAGGACAAGAAGGACCACAAAAAGAGAAACAACAUUGUCAUCCCCUGUGUGGCAGGAAUUUCAGAGAAACUCAGGAGGAUCUUUAACACCCACCAGAUCCCAGUACACUUCAAGCCCAGCAACACUCUGAGGCAAAAGCUGGUCCAUCCCAAGGACAAAAUUCCAAGGGAGAAACAGAGCAAUGUGGUGUACGCAGUGCAGUGCAAUGAGGAAUGCUCUGACCUGUACAUUGGAGAGACUAAGCAGCCAUUAUACAAGCGCAUGGCACAACACAGGAGGGCCACGACCACAGGCCAGGACUCAGCAGUCCACCUCCACCUCAAGGAGAAGGGGCACUCCUUUGAUGACCACAAGGUGCGCAUUCUAGCCAGAGAGGACAGAUGGUUUGAGAGAGGGGUAAAAGAAGCCAUUCAUGUCAAACUAGAACGGCCCUCUUUGAACAGAGGAGGGGGCCUCAGACACCACUUGUCUCCCACUUACAACGCCGUUCUUAGAGCCCUCCCAAGGAGGUGCAGCCAUCUGUCCCACCUGCAGUCAGGUGACCCCCAACCACCCUCCUAGAGGGCUGGGAGGGGUAACGACCGCCCAUCAAAGGCUAACAACUCACAUUAACACCUAACGAGUCUAUUGGUUUCGGGUCUUUGUCCACUUGUUUUUGCCACCACCCUCCUGGUGGAUAAAUAUCUGGUACUCCCCACCAGGCUUUCAGAACUGAAGAAGCCUCUUGGAUGAGAGGUGAAACGUUUUCGACUCACACGAGGUUAGUCCAGUUGCCAUAACUUAUGCUUG